AUGGAAGAAAAAGGAUUUAUAUCAUUACCAACAGAAGUGGAUAAAAUUAUAGAUCCAUUUGUUGAUGUUGGUAAUUUGCUUAUCAUUGAUAAUGAUCCUGUAAUAGACGAAGGUUCAACAAACAAGCUAAGCGAGAAUGAACUAUCAGCAAGAGUACGAGAUAAUGCGCAAUUCUUGUUUAAUAAAAUAUGGGAGUUGGAGAGAAAACGGAUUGAUGAAGCUCUCUGUGCAAAAUUACCAGCAACAUUGUUUCGACUUCCUCGAGAAAAACCGUUACCAUCUGAACGUCAGCAAACGAAAUGGGAACAGUAUGCGCAACAGAAAGGAAUACGAAAAAAAAAGAAAGAUCGAAAAGUUUUUGAUGAACAAACUCAGGAGUGGAGAGCGAGGUAUGGAUAUAAAAGUGUUAAAAAUAAUAAUGCUAAAGAAUGGCUAAUCGAAAUACCAGAUAACAAAGAUCCUAUGAUUGAUUAUUUUGAUGAACGACAAAAAGCCAAGAAAGAAAAAGUGCACAAAAAUGAAAUGCAGCGUUUACGCAACAUCGCACGCUUAAAAGGAAUUUCAUCAGCAAACGCAACUCCUCUUGGUAUUGCCGUUGAUUUAAAUAAUCGGGAUAGACAUGAGCUAGUAAAUCAGAUAAAUCGAGCGCGAUAUUCUACUGCAUCAUGUGGUGCAUUUCAACCAGCAAUUAAAAAUGAAAAGAAAUUGCUGAAGACAGGUAAACAUCACAAGUAUGAACCGAAUGAGGUGGGUGUUUCUGGUGAACAAAAAAAGCAGUUGCAAAUUUUGGAUAGAUUGUCUUCCAAAAAAAGUGAUUUGAACGAAACGCGUUUGACAGCCAGUCAGCAAGGCAAUCAGCAACAAAAUGUGGACAAAAACCAAAGUAAGAAACCGAAGCGAUCAAAAUCAUCUAUUCAUCGGCAGCAGCAUUUCCAAAAUAAAUUGAAAAAGAUGAAAAAAACACGCGGGAAUAGCAUGAAAAUGGGAAAGCAAAAGAAAGGUCGUGGUGGAAAAUGA